AUUGGUCGCUAGCUGGGCUGACUGACGCUACCAGGAAAAUGAUCUUGUUGUGGGGACGUCAACACUUUUCCCCCGACUCCGCUGAACUCUCGCACGUUAUUUACUGUGGCCGUGAGCCGUUUGAUGGAAAGUUUAAUUUAUCUGUGUAAUCAUCACAGAUCGAGUGAGCAGGGGCGGUACAGAGCGGGUUUGUGAGGGAAGAAUCGGGUCCAUGUUCGAGGAGAAUGGCAGCAGACAGAGAAAGUCCAGACAGACGCAAUGAGGAUAAAACGUUGUCCCGCAGACAGAGUGAAGUUAACAGGAAUUUGAAGUACAUCAGUUUGGCAAUUCUGGUGAUUCAGAAUGCAUCGCUCAUCCUCAGCAUCCGUUAUGUGCGGACGUUACCGGGGGAUCAUUUCUUUACCACAUCAGCUGUGGUUAUGGCAGAAGUUCUCAAAGUUUUCACCUGCCUGAUUAUAAUCCUUCUACAACAAAAAGGUAAUGUAAAGAACUUCGUAAUAUUACUUUACGACUCUAUAGUUGUACAGUAUUCAGACACACUGAAGUUGGCCGUUCCAUCCCUCAUCUACACUUUACAAAACAAUCUACAGUAUGUGGCCAUUUCCAAUUUACCAGCAGCCACAUUUCAGGUGACAUAUCAGCUGAAGAUCUUGACCACAGCAUUGUUUUCUGUACUCAUGUUGCGUAAAAGCCUUUCUAAGAUCCAGUGGAUCUCUCUGGUGCUGCUGUUCGCCGGCGUGGCAAUCGUCCAGGUGGACCAAGAAAGCGGCAAACACAAGGAGGCUUUGACCAGCCCCAACCAGAACUAUUUCAAAGGCCUGGUGUCGGUGGUGAUCUCCUGCUUAUCUUCUGGGUUUGCCGGCGUUUAUUUUGAGAAGAUCUUAAAGGGUAGCUCGGCCUCUGUAUGGUUGCGAAACAUCCAGCUCGGAAUCUUCGGAACCGCUUUGGGUCUGCUGGGGCUGUGGUGGAACGACGGGGAAGCGGUCGCUGAGAAAGGCUUCCUCUUUGGCUACACGCCACUGGUGUGGGGAGUUAUUUUCAACCAGGCAUUCGGCGGCCUCCUGGUGGCCGUAGUCGUAAAAUACGCGGACAAUAUUCUCAAGGGCUUCGCCACCUCUUUUUCCAUCAUUGUGUCCACUAUUACGUCCGUCUACCUCUUUGGUUUCCACGUGGACUUGAUCUUCACGCUGGGCGCGGGAUUGGUCAUAGGAGCCGUCUACAUGUACAGUCUCCCCAAACCAAACGCCAGCGCCUCCAGCACCAGCCCGACUUCAUCCGACCACAGCAAAGGAGGCAACUCGGAGCUGGAAGCUUUCCUCCCAAAUCUCAAGUUUUCAGGACCGAAGAAGGGAAACUGAUAUCGGAAACAUCUACGUGAGAAGAGAUAAGAACACACUGUGCACGAAUUUCCAACACUCCUGCCCCAUUUAAAGGAAAUAAUGGUUUUGUUUGUUUGUUUUAAGUGCCUUUGUUAUGCUGACUGAAUUAAACUCUAAAUAAUGGUGCAUCUAAUGAUAAAACAUAGACUUUGCUAACUUUAUUGAAUCUUAUUUACAUACCUCAAUAAUAAAAUGUGAUGCUAUAUUUUAACUGACUGAAGUUAUAAUACUAAUGUAAUUCGUAAAAAAAUCUUUGUGUUUUAUUAUCUGAAAAUGGGAAAAUGACUGAAAAUGUAUAUUAUUAUUUUGCCGCUUACUCGGUGGCAUUAUUAGACUUUGACUUUAAAAGUUAAUAUCUUAUUAUGAUAUAAUUUUGCUCUUUCAUCAAUAGUUUAAUGUUGCCAUCUAAAGUUUUUUGCCAAGAGUGUCCAUAAACAUUUUUGUAUUAUUGUGUUUUUAUUCAUUUCAACUAUGCAAUUUUUCCAAAGUGUUUAGCACAGUUUAUUCCUAUAUUAAAUUAUAUAUGCACCCUUUUGUGAACUUAAGUGCUUUGUUAAACUAAUAAAAAAUGUAGUUUUAAAGAGAUAGUUUACAGAAAAAUUAAAAUUCAGCCAUCAUUUACUCACUCUCAUGUUGUUACAAACCAAAUUAUUUUGUUUUGAUGAACAUGAAGGAAGAUGUUUUGAGAAAUGUUUGUAAUCAAACAAUUCAUGAGCCCCAUUCACUACCAUAGUAGUAUUUUUCCUACUAUGGAAGUGAAUGGGGCUCAUGAUCAGUUUGGAUUCAAACAUUCCACAAAAUAUCUUCCUUCAUGUUCAUCAGAAUAAAGAAAUUUAUACAGGUUUGUAACAACAUUUGAGUGAGUAAAUGAUGACAGAAUUAUCAUUUUUAGGAAUCACUUUAAUGUAUCUAGAUUUUUAUGAGCUAAGCAGCGCCCUCUGUGGGCAGGCAUUGAAAUCACGUGCAUUUGUCAUUCGCUUGAAAACACAAUAUCAGUUACAAAUAAUAACGUGUGUAGUUUUUACAUAAAAUUAAUCAUUUAGUUUUUCAAAAGUUUACCCAUUUCCACAUGGUUGUAUGAGUUUUGAAUAAACAUUGUUUUGAAAUCAA